CUUGCCGUACCAAAACAGAAAUGGCCUCUUCGGAGGAUGUUAACGUCCGGAUUUGCGCACAAGAAAUUAUAAAAUAUGACCUGGAGAUUAAAGCUCUCAUUCAGGACAUCAUUGUCUGUCCUGGACCUCAGGCAGCUCUCACAGAGCUUAACUCUCAGGUCAAAAACAAAUUUAACAAGCUGAGACUCAGGAUACAGGAUCUGGAGCAGAUGGCUCAAGAGCAAGAUACAGAGCUGGACAGGAUGUCCAUCCUCGCAGAGAUGGAGAGCCAGAGACGCCAAAUGCUGAGCAAUCAGACGGCAUGGAGAAAAGCCAACUUGGCCUGUAAACUAGCCAUAGAUAAGACGGAAAAAGACGAGCUUCUGCACGGAGGAGACAGCCCAAGCACCAGGCAGAGGAAGGUGACCAAAGAAACGUUAGUGGAAAGCAGCAGCAGCAUCACAGAAAGUUUGAUGUCCAUCAGCCGGAUGAUGUCAGAGCAGGUGAAGCAGAGUGAGGACACCAUCGGCACUCUUGCUACCUCCUCUAGAACAGUGCAGGAAACCAACGAGGAGUUCAGAAACAUGACGGGAACCAUCCACCUGGGGAGGAAACUGAUUUUAAAGUACAACCGCAGGGAGCUCACAGACAAGCUGCUCAUCUUCUUGGCUUUAGCGCUUUUCUUUGCCACUGUGCUCUACAUCCUGAAGAAGCGCCUCCUCCCCUUCAUUUAACGAGCCGCCUGGGUCUGCAUCUGCUUUAUAAGGCGUCCUCAGGAGUUUUGAGAUGAAGAGGAGUAGAACAAUCAACCACAUGGGGCAGGAGCAGCAUUAAGAAUGUGUGGCUACAGAAGGCAAACGAAAGAUGGGUUGGUUUAGAAAAUGAGCGUUUUCUGCCUGAUUGUUCUUAAAACAACAUUUUGACAUGUUCUAACACCUGCCGCUCCGUAUGAUGUGCCUAGCUUCCUUUCUUCCUAAACAAGGAUGCUGUUUUUAAAAAAAAAAAUCUCUUAAU